GUCAGAUGUCUGCGCAAAGAUACGCAACCCAUGCUACAGCCAACGUCAGGAAACUACAUAGACGUGUCUGUCUGAGCGCGUGUUAAUUUAGAAUUAAACACUGAAAUCGCGUAUACAUCUAACUUUAUUUAUUUAUGAGUGUUCUACAUGAAUGACUCGUUGGCUGUCACCUAAAUCUUACGAAAGCAUGUAAAUGUGCUUUUAUUGUGUCGUCGUGGCGAUGAAGUGUGUUUCGUGUCUUGGAUCAACACAAUGGAUGUUCGUCAAUCUGGAAUCAUUCAUUUAAAGCCUCACGCAAGGCCCAACUGUGUAUUGUAAUAUGGAGUAAACUUGCAUUGGUUUAUUACCCCUGGAGUUUGCCCUGCUGGACAUAUUAGGUGCCCUCCUCUUUCCUGCAUCAUGACCAGCAACGAGCGCUCCAGAAAGUCCAAUUUUUGGCACCCUUUUACCAGCUUCAGGCCCCGGCAGGAGAGGGUGAUACUGGCUCGAAGUGAGAGUAUGCCGGGUGAACCCGUCCUAAAGAUUACCAUCACAGAGACCACGAUACUUGAAGCUGACUCGGGUGUGUGGAGCUCCAAAGCUCUGGUGUAUCUGGCGUUGUGGUACUUCUUCAGUUUCUGCACACUCUUCCUCAACAAGUACAUCCUUUCCCUGCUGGAGGGAGAGCCAAGCAUGCUGGGUGCUGUCCAGAUGCUCUCCACCACUGUCAUAGGCUGUGGUAAAAUGUUUGUGCCUUGUCCACUAUACCACCACAAAUCCCGUACUGAAUACCCCUCCAACUUUCUCAUGAUAAUGCUCUUUGUAGGACUGAUGAGGUUCACGAGUGUUGUGUUGGGUUUGGUAAGCCUGAAAAAUGUAGCUGUAUCAUUCGCCGAGACAGUGAAGAGCUCAGCGCCCAUCUUCACUGUUAUCAUGUCCCGACUCAUACUAGGAGAAUACACAGGAUUCUGGGUGAAUUUGUCCCUGUUUCCUGUGAUGGCAGGUCUGGCUCUAUGUACGGCCACUGAGAUCAGUUUUAACAUGCUCGGCUUCUCUGCCGCUCUCUCCACCAACGUCAUGGACUGUCUGCAGAAUGUGUUUUCUAAGAAACUCUUGAGUGGGGACAAGUAUAAGUUUAGUCCUCCAGAGCUUCAGUUUUACACAAGUGCAGCUGCAGUCAUCAUGCUUAUACCUGCUUGGGUUUUCCUGAUGGAUUUACCAUUGUUCGGGAAGAGUGAGCGUAACUUCAGACUGUCUCAGGAUAUUGUGUUGCUGCUGCUGUUUGAUGGCGUUCUGUUUCACUUACAGAGUGUCACAGCAUAUGCCCUUAUGGGCCGAAUCUCACCUGUCACCUUCAGUGUUGCCAGCACAGUGAAACACGCUCUGUCCAUCUGGCUGAGCAUCAUUGUGUUCAGUAACCCUAUAACUCUGGUGUCUGCAGUGGGCACUGUCAUGGUGUUUGUGGGAGUUCUGCUUUAUAACAGGGCAAAACAGACACAAAGAAACACUCUCAUGCAGAGUGCUCUCGUCCAAUCAGAAUCGGAACAAAAAUCGCUGAUCCAAGACAAUGUGGCCACAUCUGCCAAAUAAAUGCAUGUUGUCAUAUACCUGUAUACCCAAUAAGAUAUAGAAAUGGGUGUAUUUCACUCUAAAGCAUUUAUGUGGGUCUCAGUCCAUUCCCAGAUUUUAAACCGUAAAGGCUAACCAAGGUGGUUAAAAUUGAAAAAGAAAAUAUAAAAGCUUAAAAAGAAUAUUCUUAAAGAAUAAAACAAACUCGUUCAUUUUAUUUGGGUAUCAGGUUAUGCAAGAUUUUUGCCUUGAUGUCUGUAUGAUUCAUGACUUCAUGGUUUUCGGGAACUGCUAGGUCUUUUUACAGUUUGUCAGGGAGAAAAGUAUGGUGAUGACCAGCAAAGGGUGUCAAUAUAUGUUUUUCAGUUUGUUUAUUCCAUAUGUCUCUUGCAUUAUGGAUUAUGAGGCAAUUUUACAUUUGAGGCUGAAUAGAAGAAUUUUACAAGAAAAAUAUCAAGCUACAUUUAACCCCCAAAAGAUUUAUUUCUUUUGGGGGGGGGGGUUAAACGUAAAUUUCUUAGUAUAAAUAUUCUGAAGUAUCUUUGAAUGAAAUGACAGCACCAUUUUUAUUAAUGUUAAUACAUUCCAUGUUUUUUUUUUUUUGAGAAAGCAAGACAUUAUGUUGUUGGCUAUGCACAUACAGUACCAUCCUGAUUAACAAAACUGUAUUUUAAUUGCAAUUAUUGUAGCAAAUCACAGUCUCUGUCAAUCCUUUUUGUUUUGUUUUUUUCUCAUCUAGUCACGAUUUACUACUAACCACAGGUAUUGCUCUAGAAACUGACAAACAUUCUCACAGAUUAUGUGACUUUUUUUGGACUAGAUAAUUAUAACCAAUUGUGUUAUUUAUUUUUCUAAACUGGUAAAUUAUGUUUAGAAUACUUAAUGAGUUAAACACCAAACAUGCUUGCAAUCAUUCCUGAAUUCCUUUCUUUAUUAGCAAAAUGUCUGUCAAAGGUUAACCACACAGGUUUUCUCUUUUUGUAAUUUGUUUAAAUUCUCUCUCUUUGAUGUCUCUGUGACUCGUUAAAAAUGAAAACUCAUUCAGUAGACGAGUCAAAUAUGAUAAAUGAAUACUUGAAACUGGUCACUGAAUGUGGUUGUAAAUGUAUGUCUAUAUGUUGGUUCUGCUGUGGUGGGUUGCACAUAAAUGACAUGUAAUAUAACAUAUAUUUUAUACGGUAUGUAAAAAAACCACUAAUGGAAAUUGUCUGUAUAUUUGGUUUGUUCAUGGGCAUUGAUUACAUGAUUUCAUUUAAUUGAAUUAUGCAUUUUAUUAUUAAAUGUAUAAACUUCAACAUUU